AUGCUUAUCUUACCAACCAGGAAUGUAUGUGACUGUUUUGAGGUGAACAAGAAAUACAUUUUAAUCUGGGUGUCUUCUGCAUCAUCUACAGCUUUUCAUCUAAAAAUGAUUAACUAUGCAGAAAACAACGGCACUUUGGAGGCAAAUCUUUCUGUAUUUUGGGGAGAUAAGUUUAGGCUUGAGAGUACAAACAAGUUGAUUGUAACUAUAUACAAGUGUGAUGUACUGGCAAUGAAUGAGUGCAGCCUCUGUGUGAACCUCAACUACACUAAGCCAAGCCUGGAAUGUUUCUGGUGCCAAAAUUCAUGUGUGCAUACAAGUUACUGCAAGCAGCAUUCUAAUGUUGUCUGCCCAGCACCACAGAUUGAGUCUGUUUGGCCAUUGUCUGGACCCAUACAAGGUGGUACAAAUGUUACCAUCGAGGGAAGUAACUUGGGGUCCAAGUUUGAAGACAUUGAAAAAGCUGUGACAGUAGCCAAUGUUGGUUGUCUGCCCUUCCGCACUCUGUACUCUCCAUCAAAAAGGAUUGUGUGUCAGACAAAGUGGAGAGGUCAAGUAGCAGAAGGACCAGUGGUUGUUAGAUUAGAUAGAGCCAGUGCUCAGUUUCACAUCAACUUCCAUUACAAAAAUCCAAGAAUAGAAGAUAUUGAGCCAAAGUUUGGACCAAAAUCUGGUGGUUCUAGAAUAACUAUCAGUGGUCGGGAUAUGGAUACAGGCGGCCAUCUUGAAGCAUCUUUUGGGGGUGCUCCUUGCAUUGUAAUUAAAAGCCAGAUCACCAACAGUUCUAUAGAAUGCAUCACUUCAAAAGUCUGGCACCCUGAAGCGAAAUCCCCAGUCAAAAUUCUGUUUGACGGACAAGACUUCACAUUAAACACCUAUUUCUUGUACAAGGAAGAUCCUACGGUUACAAGAAUAGCUCCCCUUGAAAGUAUUUUGGAAGGUGGCCGUGUUUUGACAGUAACAGGAACAGAAUUUCAGUCUGUGGAGCAGCCAAUGAUGUUUGCAUAUGUUCCAGCAAUGAAUGGAGAAUAUUAUCCUACUAAUGCUACACCAUGCCAAGUGAUGAACAACAAUGUGAUGAAGUGUCAAACUCCUCCAUUGGUCAACUCUCUCAAGAACAUCAUUCGCUCCAAAAGAGCAGAACAGACGGAAAGAAAAGUUCCCCAUGUCAAAGUUGUGCAACUUGGCUUCAUCAUGGAUGGUGUGCUGGCAGUCAGAAAUCUCUCAACAGUACCUAACCUAGACUACAUGCUGAAGUACUUCCCCAACCCGAGGGUAUACAACUUCACAGAGCUCCAUGGAAUCAAAAUUCUGAAAGGAGAAUCUCUUAUUAUUGAGGGUGCUGACUUGAACAUUGCUGCAGAAAAGUCUGAGGUAACAGUCAUGAUUGGAACUUCCCCUUGUAAUGUGACCACAUUCUCUCAGUCCCAGAUUGUGUGUAAGCUUCCCAGUAGCCAGCCACAAAGUUCUGGUUCUAGUUCUGGGGAACAGGACAGGACAAAUCCACCUUUUGUAAAGGUCAGGAUCAGCAACUUGGAGUUUAUAGUUGGCCGUGUUGAGUAUGAUGUUCCAGAGACCUUCACCUUUCCGGCAGAAGCCAUCGCUGGUAUUGCAGCUGGAGGGGGCUUCCUGCUUUUCAUUAUCAUCCUCAUCCUCAUCAUCUACCGCAGACAGAGCACCAAGGCAGAGAGGAUAUACAGAAAGUUGCAGAUACAGCUGGAUAACCUGGAGAGCAAUGUUAGAAAUGAGUGCAAACAAGCUUUUGCAGAACUGCAAACAGACAUGACAGAUUUGACAGGUGAUUUGGUGUCCAGUGGUAUUCCUUUCUGGGACUUCCAUAGUUACACAUUCAAGGUUCUCUUUCCUGGCAUGACAGAUCACAUCAUACUUCAUCCUCCCAUACAAAAGAAUGGCCGUUUUCAGUUUUCUGAUCACGGUCUUCAAUUGUUCCAUCAACUUUUGAGUAAAAAACUUUUUAUGGUAACUUUUAUUCGCACUUUGGAGGAGCAGAGAGCUUUCAGCAUUAGAGAUAGAGCCAAUGUAGCUUCGCUGUUGAUGAUUGUUUAUCUUAAUAACAUGGAGUAUGCCACAGAAAUUCUCAAGUGCCUCCUGGUAGAUCUAGUUCACAAGUCUGUUGAAGGCAGACAUCCCAAGCUCAUGCUUAGAAGGUCAGAAUCAGUAGUAGAGAAACUAUUGACAAACUGGCUGUCAGUCUGUUUAUAUAAAUAUCUCAGGGAUUACGCAGGGGCAUCCCUGUUCAUGUUGUACAAAGCCAUCAAACUUCAAGCAGAGAAAGGUCCAGUAGAUGCAGUCACUGGCGAUGCUCGCUAUUCUCUCUCCGAGGACACUUUACUGAGAGAGAAAAUUGAACCUAAAAUUAUUACUUUGAAUGUAGAAAGUGGUGGGGAGAUUGUGCAAGUGCGUAUGCUAGACUGUGAUACUAUCACACAGGCAAAGGAGAAAAUCCUCGAUCACAUAUUCAAGAAUAUUCCAUUUUCUCAGAGGCCUCAUGUUAGAGACCUUGAACUUGAGUGGCGUAACGGCCCUACAGGUCCCCUGCUGUUAACAGACACGGAUAUAGCAUCUCACAACAAAGAUGGCUGGCGGCGGCUGAACACACUGUCCUUUUACCGUCUGCAUGAUGGUUCAUACAUGACCUUGUUACAUAGACAUCAGACAAGCAAAUAUUUGAAUGGUUCCCUCGAUAACUCAGUGCUUUCCAUCGGUUCAGUUUCACCAAUACUCAAGAAGGACCAAGAUUCCGGAUUCAAGGAAUAUCACUUGGUGAAGCAUGAAGACACCCUGGUCAAAGAUGGCGGUGUCAAAAUGAUUUCAGAGAUCUUCCUAACUAGACUGCUUUCCACGAAGGGCACACUUCAGAAAUACAUUGAUGACUUCUUCAAGAAUAUGCUGUCUGUGUCCCCUUGUGUGCCGCCUGUUGUUAAAUAUUUGUUUGAUUUCCUGGAUCACCAAGCUGACAUCCAUGGCAUCUCAGACAGUGAGGUAGUUCACACCUGGAAGUGCAACAGCUUACCUCUAAGAUUCUGGGUGAACAUUAUCAAGAAUCCAGAUUUUGUGUUUGACAUAACCAAGCCACGUAUUGUUGACUCCUGCCUUAGUGUUGUUGCUCAGACUUUUAUGGAUAGCUGCUCCACGUCAGAGCACCGACUGGGAAAGGAUUCGCCAUCCAAUAAACUGCUUUUCGCUAAAGAUAUAGUUCACUAUCGCAAGCUGGUGGAGAAAUAUUUCGACAACAUACAAGACCAGCCGGCUGUAAGUGACCAGGAGCUGAACACAUUUUUGGCCGAUAUCUCUAGGACAAGUCCAAAAUUAUUCUACAUUUCCAGUGCAUUAGGAGAGCUAUACAAAUAUGUCUCCAAAUAUAAAAAUGAG